GGGAUGCGCUCCCCGGCCCCUCGGGCCCCGUGGAGGAACAACUCGAAGGUGGUGGGCCGCGGAGAGCGGAGGGAGCAGCGCGCGCCGGAACCGUGGCCCCACUUCCGGGAAGGAGGGCGGGACCUGCCGCUGGGCGCCCGGCGGAGAGCCGGUGCUGGGCGCGCCUCUGUGACGUCACCGGGGCCCCUGGCGUCCUCCGCGCGAAUGGCCUUGCCCCGUGGAGGCCGUGACUUUUGACAAGUGAGCCUUAGGCUUUCAGCCUGGACGACGCGACUGCGGGGAAGAGGCGUUGUCGGGCGAGCUCGGAGGACUUGCUUCGCGUUGGGCCUGCCCGGUCCAGCCCGGGUCUCCCGCCCUCGUGGUACCGACCGUGGACCUUCUCACCUCCUCCCUCCUUGCUCCGCCAGUCGGUCCCCAGGAUGCCCGGCGUUUCGGCCCGUGGCCUCUCGCAUGAGGAGAGAAGGCAACUGGCAGUGAACCUCACCCGCGUCCUAGCGCUCUACCGUUCCAUCCUGGACGCCUACAUCAUUGAAUUUUUCACCGACAGCCUGUGGAGCACACUCCCCAGCUCAUGGCAAGAAGCGCUGGAUGGACUAAACCCACCACAGCUGGCCAGCCUGCUGCUGGGGAUGCCCAGGGAAGGGGAAGAGAUCAGCCUGGGCUGGACUAUCUCAGGUACAGGUCCGUGUGGCCACUCACCCUGCUGGCCCUGAAGUCCACAGCCUGUGCCCUUGCCUUUACCCGGACACCUGGCUUUCAGACUCCAUCAGAGUUCCUGGAGAACCCCAGCCAAAGCUCCCGACUAACCGCGCCUUUUCGGAAACAUGUCAAGCCCAAGAAGCAGCAUGAGAUCCGGAGGCUGGGAGAGUUGGUGAAGAAGCUGAGUGAUCUCACUGGCUGCACCCAGGUUGUGGAUGUGGGCUCAGGCCAGGGCCAUCUCUCCCGUUUCAUGUCUCUCGGGCUGGGGCUGAUGGUUAAGAGCCUUGAAGGAAAUCAGAGGCUGGUAGAGAGAGCCCAGCACCUAGACCAGGAGCUUCUGCAGACUCUAGACAAAAUGGAGAAGAAGCACCCAAAGGUGGUGCAAAGAGGCCCCCGCCACUCCCCCCGCCACGUGGUUCAGUGGGUCAGCUCCACAGCCCUGUGUGAGGAGCUUCUGCUUCCUCUGGAGACACCAGGCCAGGGUAGUACCCGCCUGCUACUCACAGGCCUCCAUGCUUGUGGGGAUCUGAGUGUUGCCUUGCUGAAACACUUCUGCUGCUGUUCUGAAGUGGUGGCCCUGGCCUCAGUGGGCUGCUGCUACAUGAAACUCAGUGACCCUGGCAGCUACCCGCUGAGUCAGUGGGUGGCUGGGCUGCCUGGCCACGAACUCCCCUACAGGCUCCGGGAGGGGGCCUGCCACGCCCUGGAGGACUACGCGGAGAGGCUACAGAAAGCAAGCCCUGGCCUGCAAACACACUGCUUCCGUGCGGCACUAGAGACAGUCAUCCGACAUGUCUGCCCUGAACUUCGGAGGCCUGGCGUGCAAGGAAUCCCCAGGGCCCACGAACUCAAGAUUGAAGAAUACGUGCAACAAGGGUUACAGCGAGUAGGUCUGGACCCUCAGCUGCCGCUGGAUCUGGCUGCCCUUCGGGCCCAGCAGGCCCAAGAGAAUCGUGUGGUGGCCUUCUUCAGCUUGGCCCUCCUGCUGGCCCCACUGGUGGAGACACUGAUUCUACUAGACCGGCUGCUCUAUCUCCAAGAGCAAGGCUUCUAUGCUGAGCUCUUGCCCAUCUUCAGCCCUGAACUCUCGCCCAGAAAUCUGGUUCUGGUGGCUACCAAGACACCCCUAGGUCAGGCCUUCUCUGUUCUUGAGACUGAAGACAGCUAGCUGAUAGUCCAGAACCACAGAGUGCCAAUGUGGUCAGUACAUCUUACUGUUUCGAGUGCCUGCGUCCUGCGGGAUUCUGGCUGUCUGCAAACUUCAGGUUUAUACCCUUUCUCCCUUCAUAUGUAAUGUUCUGUGUAAUUUUUAUUUAUUAAAACUUUUAAAGCCA